CCGCGCCGACGGCGGACUCGCCGGCGCCAGCCGCGCCGACGGCGGACUCGCCGGCGCCGGCCCCCGCCGCGCCCGCCUCGCCCGCGCCGGCGGCGCCGGUGGAGCCCUCGGCGCCAGAGCCUGCGCCCGAGCUUGGCGUGGGCGUCGGGGGCGGGGCGGCCGUGGGCCUGGGCGCGCCGCUGCUGGACGACGACCUGGGCGGGGGCGACGCGUCAGACCACGAGAUGAUGGAGGAGGCGAGCAGGCACCUCGAGGCCCCCGGCGCCGACGCGGACGACUACCCGGACGAUUUCGAGGACACGGUGCAGGGCCCGCUGGAUGUCUCGGCCUCCGCGGCGCCAGCGGCCCCGUCGGCCCCGCUGCCCGCCCCGGAGGCCCCGUCGCCGCCGGCCCGCCCGUCGCCCGCGUCGCCCGCGGACGACUACGAGGACGACUUCGAGCAGACGCUGCAGGGGGAGCCCGAGGUCGAGGUCACCGAGAGCCCGGCCUUGCUCAAGGAGGUGGAGCAGCUGAAGUCGAAGCAGGAGCGGGCCCCAUCCGAGGCGCGCAAGUCGCUGGCGGAUGAGUGGGGAGUCGAGUGGCGGAAGCUUGGACCGUACCCAGAGGCCAGCGCGGCCGGCCGCGGCCGCUCCGCAGCCGCCGCCGGGCGCGGGGAGCCCCUCGGGCCGCUACGACGAGACCGAGGACUUCGAGCCGGAGUCCGACGAGGAGGAAGACGAGUUCGACGACGACGGCGACGAGCUGCUCGACGUGUCGGGCGGCAAGCAGGCAGCUCUGCCGGAAUUCAGGUCCAGCGACAGCAUCGACCUCGUGCUCGGCGAGGGCGCCGGCGGUGCCCCGGCGGCCGCGCCGAUCCCGCUCGACGAGGACGGGUUCGAGGAGGACUCCGUGGAGUCCCUCUCGUGACGUCCGCGCGUGGCACGCGCCUCCUGCUCCCUCGCUCUCCCUGGUGCUGCAGCUCCUCCUCUCCAACACCUCCGGUUCCGCAUCCUUGUUCCAUGCCCCCGCCGUGGUGGGCUACGUGUUGCCAUGCCCCCCUGUGUCACUUGCCAGUCCUGCUGCUCCACGAAUGAGUGUGCGCGGCUGCAGCAGCUCGAGGCAUCGGUAUUCUUCACCCUCGCCUUGCUGCUGGCUCAAUUAUCAACCUUGUGCUCGCCUGUUUCACUGCGCGACAACAAGAAGUCGUGUGUACUUGAGGCGAUGAAGUCAGCUGUGCCACCUUGUAAUAACCAACGACCUCCUCAGUACGUCUCUUGCGUCAUGCCUCCGCAGAUCUUUGCAAUCUUGGAGUGGCGGC